AGUUUUUCUAGGAACUGGGGUCACGAGGAUUUCAGAAAAAGAUAUAAACUGUACUUGGAAUAUUAUCCAUUCGUGAUAUAAACGUUGGAUAUGAAAUGGAUGUACAUUGUUUUAGUCUGACUGUCGAAGGCUCGAAGUGUGCUUAUAAUAAACUGAGCGAUACAAAUGGUGAUGAAGAUUUGUAUUAUGAAUGGGAAGCCUCUUGAUGAAAGUGAAGGACCACCAAAUCUUAAUAUAUGUGAUGGCAAAGCGUGUCAUCGCCGAAUUCCGAAGUCUAAAUGUUUAAUGGCAGAAGAAGCUUCGAAACUUUUUCAUAUAGAAACGAGUGAAUUAAAUAGCGAAAGUAAGACAGUGUCUAUUAUUAAGGAAAAGAAAAAGGAGUCUCAAAACUUUAACGAAACGGGUACCUUAGGAUGUGGCCACGAGAGAGAAUCAGCUUAUUAUUGUGCCAAAGACAUGGUCGUCCAGAUCGGGACAUGUAUCACGUUAAGUCAAUCAGGGUGGUACUACGAACAUUGCUCUAGCCAGGAGGCCAAAAGUCUGCUCAAGAGAGAAUCUGUGGGAACUUUUCUCAUUCGAGACAGUUCCGAUUCUAAAUACUUGUAUUCUCUUAGUGUCAAGACCUCUCGGGGGACCACUAGUGUGAGGAUUAUAUAUAAUAAAGGCCAGUUUCAAUUGGAUAGUGACGAGAGAAUUAGUGCUAAGAUGCCCAAGUUCGACAGUGCAGUUCGUCUGGUGGACUUCUAUGCCCGUUUGACCGAUAUGGGCAAAAGUUACGUGUGUCGUUGGCUGGAACGUUCUGGACGAAAAGACCUGCCGAUAGUUUUACAAAAACCUAAACGAAACUGUGUAGUGGAUUUAAAACAUCUAUGUCGGUUAUCAAUUAAUCGAAGUCUACCCAAGACUCUCAGUCGGACAAAGGUGUUAAGCAAUAUGGAUAAACUGCCUCUUCCUACUAGUAUGAAAGGAUACCUCAAGGAAUAUCCCUAUAUCCACUGACAGUUAUUUUUUGGAGAUCCUGAUAUAACGAGAAAUAAUCGAACGAUACAUCCGUAUGACGAUUGUUUUGUGGUGGUUUUUUUUUUUUUUUUUUUUUUUUUACAUAUAAGCUAGGCAGCGAAAAGAUAAGUUGUGUAUAGUUCAAUGACCAUAUUAUCUACCUCAUUUUAAAUACGGAACAUGAUCUAUACGUUACACAUAUAAUUUAUUUAAUUUAUUUGAAUGACUGUGGGGUUUUCAUGAUGGAGUGUGAGUUUAUUUGUCGACGGUGCUACAUUUAUUUCUGGGUGUCUUUUUUUUUAUUAUAUAUAUUGUGUCGCACAUUAAAACAGAAAUUGAUGUUUAAAAUCUGAAAAAAUC